AUGUCCGAAUCAACCGAGACGGACACGGGUCUUUCCACCCGCGACCCUGAAUUCUACCCGCGGUGGUAUCAUGGUGUCAUGUCACGUCGCGAUGCGGAAAUGAUUCUGGCCAAGGAUGGCAUCGUUGCAGGCAUGUUUCCCGCCCCCUGCAGACGCGCAUCGGCAUCCAGGCCGUGUGUCGGCCACAAUGGGACUUUUCUCGUGCGUGCAAGCACCAAGGGCGACAGCUUUGUUCUCUCUGCCUGCUCGGAGGGGCGCAUUGAUCACUAUCAGAUCGAAGAGAACACAGAUUCUGCCAAGGCCCCAUUCCUGCAGUUUCGCCUUGAUACCGGCAUGUCUCCCAAAUUUCGCUCCCUCUCCAGCGUGCUCCACUACUUGCUGGAGCAUCCUCACCACCUCCCCUUUCCGCUCCGGACUUGGGUGGAGCGGGAAACAGAUUCCCCUUACGAAUAUGAUCAGCCCAGCCGUCUGGCCGCGGCCAUGGGAAUCAAACAGUCCAACGUCAACUCACUCAAAACCACCAAAAAGGCUGACGGUGAAGCCCCCAAGGAAAAUAAAAACCAACCUUUGGCACCGGAUCAUCCGCCACCCCCACGACGACCGAUUGCUGCACCUUCAGCUUCCGAUGGCUCGAGUGGCAAUGUCACUCCGCCCGUCAACCGCAAGGAGCCCCACAGUGCAAGUGUGCUGGAAGCCGUCAACCAUCUGCACUGGAAUGAUGACUCGGAUGGUGAAUACGUCGAACCUCAAGACACAUUUGCGCUGAUACUUACCCGAGUGUCAUUCCACAAACAGGGCUUGGUCCGCGACAGCCUGGCAAGCGUUGCUGGUAUUGGCGACCGUGACCUACUGGAUGAGCAUCUCUACGAGACUGUGCAACGUCACCCCUCUGGCCUUGAUCACGCUCCUGAAGUGCUGAUUCACUGCGAUUAUGAGGUCUUCGCGACAGACGCAAACACUGGCGAGCAAGUCCCACUCUCUCAAUCGGCCGUGCUUAAGCUCAUCACCCUUGAAAAGGACGAGGAUGACAAAGUCGUGGUGGUCUGCCGUGAUAACGCUGGACGCAAGCUCAAGUUCAAUCGUGACUCCAACGUCGAGGUCAUCCCCGCAGUCUUUGCUCGCCUCUCGUCACACCGGUCCGGCCAAAACACGCUGCAAUCUGAAGCCCCAAGCGUACCGGAGCGGCCAUCACUGCUAUCGCCAGAGGAGGAAGCCGAAAAGUUGGGCCCUGUAGGCUCACCAGCGGCGCCGGGUCGACGACGACGAAACGUCUCUCUCUCGGACAUUGUCAAAGCCUCGGGGAAGCAGGUCGUAGGGACCUUGCUGAACAGGGAUGAUCACGUGUUUUAUCGUGAUGUUCUGCGCGAGGGCUAUUUGUCCAAGCUGCCUCCUCGCAACAAUCGCGUCCAAGGCUGGAAGCGGCGCUGGUUCAAGCUCGUGGUCUCCCUGGAUCGUUCGCUUUCUGGUGGCCCAGUUUACUUGGAAUAUUACACCUCCCAUUUGCGAAGCAAGCCCAAGGGUGUUAUUGACCUCGACAAGAUUCGUUCAGUGGGGCCUCCAUCUGCUGAUAUUCUGGCCACAGACCGCCAAUACCGCAACGUCCCCAAGCUGACGAUGAAUUUUGCGCGUCAGGACUCGCUCUUUGAGGUCCACCUGCCGCGACGAACGUAUCGGCUCAUGGCCAGCAGCCGCGCUGAGGCUCGAGAUUGGAUGAGCAUGCUCGAGGAAGUCAUCGGCCUGGAAGUUGAGGACGAUGCUGCUGCUGCUGCUGCCCGAGAUGCAGAUCUCGAGACCUCGUUCUUUGGCCACAUCCUCAACGAGGAGCUGAGCCAUCAUGAGGCUCAGAUCAAACUCAACAAGGAUGGGGCCCAGCUCAUCGACCCCACGAACUCUGAAGUGCUGAUCGAAUGGAAAUAUUCGGUUCUUCGCUCCUAUGGCUACAUUGGACACGUCUGCUGGUUUGAAGCUGGCCGGCGUGCCCCAACCGGUCCCGGCAUUAUGUGCUUCUCGGUGUCCCAGUCCAAACAAAUGUUUGAUAUCCUGCACGCCCUUGUCACACCCUUGGUGCGCGGCCGCAGCCGUCAUCGCCGUAGUCAGGCAAUGAACAUGAGCUGGGCCAGCCUCGAGCCGGAACAAGGGCAGCAAGACGCACCGCCCCCAAAGCCUCUAGCUUCAACCCGGGCACACAAGACGCGAACUGUUUUUGGACAGGAGCUGCAGAGCAUCGACCUGGAACCCGUUGCCUUGGCUGUGCCAACCCAAAGCUAUGACGCUGUGGACGAUCGAGAAUAUUCUUUUGCUGUCGGCGAUGUCAUCCGGGUUCUGGGCACGCGCGCGUUCACUGAGGAGGGUUACUGGCUGUGUCAAAAGGAGAACGACCAAGAAUUCGGUCUCGUCAAGAUGCUGCUCGUGCAGGUUCAUGAGCAUGAAUUUGGCAACUUUCGUGACAUGGACGACAUCACUGGUUCCAUGGACUCCCUGGCUGACCUUGAUGAGAACAUGUUCAACAUGUCAACUUGA